UACUCCUGGGCGCGAAACUGUUGCGCCACAAAGAGAAAGAGGCGCGGUUUGGAACCGUGAUGACGAAGGGACGACGCUGCGUCGGUCUGCCGCCGAGUGCGUGUUAGCGCCACGCGCUGUAGUGUAGGUGCGCGCGCGUGUCUCGGGGAAGCCGGCGGCGGCGGCGGCGGCGGCGGCGGCGGGAGGCGGCUCGCGGCUCCGCGAUGGCGAUCGCGCAUGUGGCCACGGAGUACGUGUUCUCGGACUUCCUGCUGAAGGACCCGCCGGAACCGCGGUACGGCGGGCUGCGCGUGGACCUCGCGCUCAGUAAGAUGGUGACGUGCGUGGGCGUGGGGCUCCCGCUGCUGCUCAUCUCGCUCGCGUUCGCGCAGGAGGUCUCCGUGGGUACCCAGAUCAGCUGCUUCUCCCCGACCAACUUCUCAUGGCGCCAGGCGGGAUACGUGGACUCCUUCUGCUGGGCGUCGGUCCAGAAGCAGAGCCUGGUCACCGAGCACGGCCUCGUACCCUUAUGGCUGCACAAGUUCUUCCCGUACGUCCUCCUGCUGGUGGCUGUCCUCAUGUACGUCCCAGCCCUGUUCUGGCGCUUCACGGCCGCUCCCCACCUGGUCUCGGACUUGGCGUUCAUCAUGGAGGAACUGGACCGCUCCUACAACCGGGCCAUCAAGCUGGCGCAGAGCCUGGCCGGCGGCGAAUCCCGCAACGGCGCCGACGCGCCAUCGGAGCAGCGCAGCAGCGUCCCGGACCUGACGGAGGGCUUCCGCUACCCCUUGGUGGAGCAGUAUCUGAAGACCAAGAGGUUCUCCAGGGGACUUGUAGCGAAGUAUCUUAUUUGCAGGGCGCUGACCCUGGCCAUCCUGUUCUUCGCCUGCCUCUACCUGGGCUACUACAUCAACCUGGCGUCCAUUACGGAUGAGUUCGCCUGCAACAUCCGCACGGGCGUCCUGCGCAACGACACCGGCGUCCCGGCAGCCAUGCAGUGCAAGCUGGUGGCCGUGGGCGUCUUCCAGCUGCUCAGCGUCAUCAACCUGGCGGUGUACGUGCUGCUGGCUCCCGCCGUGGUGUAUGCCGCCCUGCUGCCCGCGCGCCGGAACGCCUCCUUCCUCGAACCCUACCUCAAGCUGCCUACUUUCGGCGUGUUGGAACUCGGCGGAUGCGGCUACGACGAUCUCGCCGUCUGCCUGCUCUUCCUGGAGGAGAACCUGAGCGAGCUCAAGUCCUACAAGAGGCUCAAAGUGCUGGUGCACCUGCAGGAGACCGGCGAAGGGGGCGGCGACACGAUGGGGAUUCUCCGUGCGCUCGGACAGGUCAAGGUGGACGCCGUGGACGGCCGGGCAGCCGCUUCCCUCAAGGACGAGGGCGCGACGGCCGGAGAGGGCCGCGCCGACGCUACGGAGAUGAAGGAAAUGUCCGCCCUGCUGCCCAACGAAGAGGCGACGCGCAACGAGACGGGCGGCGACCGCAAGGCCGUCCGUCAGCGACUCUGACGGCCGUCUCCGCGGCGGCGGCGGCGACGACGAACUCGGUCCGUGCCGACGUGACCGUCCGCUCGCUGCCGCUCUGCUUUUCGGAAGCUUCCGGAACUCUUCGAAGAGCGGCGGCCUUCGCGGAGGAUGCGGCGGGGCGUCGUCAACGCGAGCUCCGUGUAGCGGGACGUUUGUAAGCCUCUCUGUAAAUGCAUUAGUGUUUCUGCAUAUUUUUGGGGGUAAGACUGCCCUGAGAAUGAGUUCUGUGUCUCCCUUUGGUCUCCUGGACGUUUUGAGGGUGUUGGGUCUCCUGCCGUGAUGCUAGAAGCUGCCUCUUCUUCUCGAGACUGUUUCAGAGCAGGUUCUCCGUCGCCCCGUUUCCCCAAGAAAAGGUUUAGAGCCGCGGGAGCCAUCGGCGGGAAGGACCGAAAGGACGACGGGACUCCCGACGAUGCUCUCCCGUCCUCCGACGAGCCCCUCGGACCGCGGACGGGCCACGUUCCGGGACUCUUGGGUCGCCGCUUAAGGACUGCGUCUUUAAAGCGACACUCCGUCCUUUGAAAAAUUGCGGUGGCAAGCGGGGCGACCGCUGCGUUUGUACGUUUUCGCGCCAACGUAGCGACGGUAACGUCCGAAGAUGUGCACCGUGUCGGUUUUCAUAUGCAACAGUAAAAUGGCACUGAGGGCUUUUCGCUCGUCUUCCCUAGGCUUGCGUCUGUCUUUAUUUAGGAGUGUUUUUAUGCAACUCUACACCCUUCGCUCCGAUCGGCCGGGCUUUUCCGGACGGGGGGCGUGGGCCGGCUCCGACGGGAACGGAUCCCACCGCGAUUCUAGCGUGUUCCGCGUGUGGGGACCCCGGCAGCGUUCAAUAAAUAUUUAUUGUUGCGCUCUUUCCGUUGGAAGAGGGUGACGCGCUGCUCUGUGGUAACUGGGCGCUCGGGGAACUGAUAACGAAUCGAUACGAAUGGUGUCAUCUAUUGCUCUGAAAAACCGCUCUGUGUGUGUGAGAGAGAUCUCUGCAUGUGGAACAGGGUUAGCAGGUUCGUAGGAAGGAUGCCUGUGUUUCGGCCCAUUUGGUGUUGGGUUUUUUUUUUUUUUUUAAAAAAAAAACCUUUGCCACAGCACCUGUACACAUUUGAACGUGCUUUUAAGAAGCGUCGCUCUACCGUGUGACGCAACAGGUGAACGUCCUCCGGCACAGGAGCUU